GAUUACUUUGAAUUUUUCGGUUCGUUCUUAUUCUUAAUCGGGUACCAAUGAUUUUUUGGUUACGGGUGGAUGGAUGAAAUACGGGAAAUUGGGGUUGAAUGCCGGUGAAUUUCCACCCACCCGUAAAACUCUGACCCGCUGGGAGUAGGCGGCAUAGGCAAGAGGGAGAAGUUACGCAUCACAGGGUGAUGGCCGGAGACCUCUUUGAAGAUUUGCCACCGCCCCAUGCUUCCUCUAAUACCGGAGUCUCCGGGAGCUCCCCUGCCGCCACUUCAGCUACACGCGUAGAAGCUUCCCCUGCACUUAAGAGCGCACUUAAGAGCGCUCUCAAACGUGCGAAGCCACCUCAGGAAACACCACCGGAAAGUAGCUUCUACUUCUGAAAAACGACUGAGAUUUAAAACCACCACCGAUGCAUCUGAAAGUCAAGUAAUAGAAGCUAUGGAGAAGAUAUCAUCACAUAUAAAGAACCCCUUAAAGUUCAAUAAGGCAUCAAAGCUUGCAAUCCAACUUAUUCAGGCCGGUAGUGUUAAACCCUCAACUAGUGAACAUUUUUUUGCUAUACUUGAAGCUGCAAUGUCAUCUCCCACCGCCUGCAAUGAGCCAUCAUUACGAGCUGAUUAUCAUGCAUUGCUCACUGCUUCUCAAGACGUUGUUGAGUGCCUCCCAAAGAAGCAGCAAAGUUUAUUUACCGUAUGGACAAUCAGAGCGAUCGUGGCCAAUGAUCUUUUCACCGAUGACAGUUUUGUGUUUUCAAAAGCUACUGGGAAAAUAAAAGAGGGCAUUUCAAACCUUCCACUUGCAACAAAAGAUGAUGACAUAGACGAAGCUGCUUCCUUGGAGGAUAAGACACAGGCUGAAAAUGCCAAUGGGCAGAAUCCUGACACUUCAUCUGAGGUAACAAUAGUAAAUAAUAAAGAGGAGCAAGACCCAUUUGGCCUGGAUGCUUUGAUUCCAAGCACGUCAAAAAAAGAUGGGAAAGCAAAGGCGCUCAAAGAAAGGAAAGAAGUGGAGGAUGCCAAGACACUUCUCAAGUCAAAACGAGAAGCAUGGAUAUUGUGCUUAGAGAUAGCAGCAAAACGCUACAAAACCCCAUGGUGCCAAACAGGAAUAGACAUCUUAGUGAAACAUGCCUUUGAUAAUGCGUCUAGGUUCACUUCUAAACAACGGGAAGCCAUUGGCAAACUGUGGGCGUCUGUCAGAGAGCAGCAGGUGAGGAGGAAGCACGGAAAAUCAGUCUCUGGCAAGCUGGACGUGAAUGGAUUUGAAUGGCUUCAGGAAAAAUACGCAAAUGAGAAGAUAAGUAUUCGGCACUCGGUUGGAGCCAGUGGUGAUAGGAAAUGUACACAGUGGCUUGGUUGAUCCAUAUAGUUUAUUAUCCUCUGUAAUAUUUGUUCAUUGUGAUCAUAUCUGCAAUUACCAAAUUGAUAGGAUGUGCUUACUGUGACCGAGUGUGACAUACUUAAUGAGUUACUGAUACUGAUUUUCAAUUCUUAUGGUUUAGCGUUUCAUCUUGAGUAAACCACUUGACGACUUGUGGGCUUGUUGCUGUCUUUAUUUGUGUAUUUUAUAUACUUCAAUUCAGUGUUUUUUGUAUUCCACAAUAUCCUAUAACCCAUACUUAAAUUCAGACUAGACCCUUCAAAUUUUGAUUUAAGAGAAACUCAAAUGGGAGGGUCGAGGGUGUGGUCUCCUCACACUUUCUUUCUUGUACGGGUCCAAAAUAAAGUUCAUACUUCUACUUUUGGUAAGUUUUUAAUAUAAACUUGCCCUUAUACAUUUACUUUAUUACACACUUUACACUCAUUUUCCCUCUUCCACUACAUUAAAUCUACUUUUUGUAGGGGUCUUAUGAAAAAGUCAAAAGUAAAAAUUCCAAUUUCUUAAAAACUGUAAAAUCAAAGUGUAAAGUUUAUUUGGGAAUUCCCUAUCAUACUUAUAAAAUCAAGAGCAGUCCAUCUUUACAAAAACUCGUAGAGUAGAAUUCAAGUGUCUACAAAUUUACAUCCACAAGGCUGCUAGUACAUCUACAAAACUACAGCUACACAGACAUCUUUAAAACCAGUUUCGUGAAGGUCAAGUUUGCUUAAUGGUAUAAAUAAUGAGCAAAAUCAAGCAACUUUCCACUUUGAUUAGAAGUAAACCUAGAUAUUUGCAGAUUAAUUUAAAUUUCAUAACAUGGAAAGAAUAUUUAAAAUAAUACGGGAAAUUUAGGAACACGUAACUUUUGAUUUUGCGCGAUAAGUUGUGUAAUAAUAAGAAAAAGUAAGAUUGAAGUUACUUUUUUGGCUCUAUGGA